AUGACCACCAGCCAUUCUGCUGCCGUGGACGCCAGCGGCAACCCACAGCCGGCUUCGCAGCCAGACCGCGACUCAGAUUCAGCCAACGAAAGCUCCAGACAAUCCGACGUGGGUGUGGACCCGAAGCGCGACUCUGAGCAGCAUACCAACGGCCAUGAUGCAAGCCUUGAGCAUGUAAACUUUGGAAAAACAACUGACGACGUCGCCCAGUCGCCCGCCACCCCUUACGCAACUCCUGCUUGGGCUUCCACUCCCGCCUCAGCUCCAGUUUCUGCUCCGGUUCCUGCUUCGGCUGCGGCCACUCCAACCGCUGCGUCUGUCGCGGCCACUCCCGCAGACGCCAGAGGAAUUGCGAACCUGUCGACACCGCGGACGAGUGGCAGCACGAAUAACAUCAACACCACCCCAAGCUACGGCCAAAACAGCAACAACAACAUUGGCAACAUUUUCAACAACGCCAUUUCUCAAGGUGCUCCCGACUUGACAUUGAGUCCAACUUACGGCAGGCAACGCAGCAGCACCCUUCUGGAACCCGAUCCAUCGCAUGAGCUCCUGGUCGCUGCUUUUCGAAAGACAUCGCCAGGCCUUGCUGCUCGCUUAAAGGCUCUCGGCCUUGGAGCGGCAGCCAAGAGGACCACCGCCAGCUUCCAGCCCGUUGAUAUCGGCCGACUUGACGAAGAACAGCUCCGCCAGCUUGACGAGAAACACCAAGCGAAUUCAGUCCAGCAAAUUAUUUCUCGGCGCGGCCGCCCCUGGAAAGGCACCGGCGCCCCCCCUCCUCAUUAUAGAUCGUCCAGUCUCUCUGACGUCUCCAUGUCUCCCAUCGCCGCUGAUUCCUACCAACUACCGGAGAUUGAAGUGCCGGAAACACUCAACAUGGACUUGGAUACGCAGAAAUAUCGGUUGCCCGACCACAUAAACGGCAAUGGUACCAAGGUCACUUUGGAUACUCGACGCGAACACCUCGAGCGAAUUACGCGUCCGCCAUCUCCCAAGGAGUAUCCGCCUCUACCCUCCUCGCCUCCUGCUGCUCCUCCUUCUCACUCGUCUUCACAUUCUCUUUCCUAUUCUCCCUCAUAUUCCCCGUCCCCACCAACCCCUCCGCCAAAAGAAUCACCAAUUGUGGAGAUGACACCGCCUGAAGUAAUCACCUUUAACCAUUUCGAACCGGAAAUGAGCUCUUAUUUUCAACAGGGUCACAAUCGACCAGGAUCAAUAUAUACGCUGUCCAGGGUGUCGUUUACCAACCAGCUUGCUCAACUAACUCUGCUUGGCAUUCCCGAUGCCGAGGCGCUCUCCAGCAAGGUGUCAGCUAUCCCAACUGCCCCAGUGGCUUCUAAAGCCUUGAUCAACGCUGCUGAGCAGAUCCGGAGCUGGAUAUCAAAGGCCCUUGAGGUUGUCAGCGGGCUGGACAGUGAGGAUGAUGUCGAGUGGGCUGCCGCUGGUGGCCGUGAAGGUCUAGAAGAAGUUGAGAAUGCCAUUAAUCGAUUCGAGCAUCUCAUCAACGCCUAUGUCAAUGCUAUUGAUGAGCUGCAAAACCGACAUGACAUCGCGACUGUCUCAACAGAUGACCUCAGGCGGGCCGUUACUCAGAUGGAGGCCAUAGCUGAGGAAUGGGGCCGAAUAAAGCAAACCCUGCAAAGUGUGCGGAACCAGGUCGAACUUGCCAUGGAGUGGGAGGAGCUGUGGAACAGCGUUUUGGGCGACAUACAGAGCGAGAUGGAAGAACUUACGCGGCUUGUCUUCGAGAUGGAAGAGCGUCGUCACAAGAGCCUUGCCGUCGUUGCGAGCGGCGAUAACGUCGAUAUUGGAGAUCUCGAGACCAUUGUUGAAGACAACCCUAUUUCGGCCGCGCGGUUGGCGCCCUCGAACCGCUUUAGCCUCGCCCUGCCGCUAAGCCCUAACUCGCCAGGAACCUCGACGCUGUCUCAGGAUGACUCCAGUUUGCUUGCUCUUUUCGCCAGGAUGCAGCCCUUGAGGGCUUCCCUAGACUUUUUGCCCAUGCGACUAUCUGUCUUUGAGACGCGGGCGAAACAUGCCUUCCCAACCGCAUGUGAGGAGCUGGAAAUGCGCCACAAUGGCCUAGAUGGAAGCUACAAGAAGCUAGAGAAGGAUGCCGAGUCAUUGCGUAAGGAGCUUGGCGAGGAUAGAUGGGUCAUUGUCUUCCGAGGCGCUGGACGGCAGGCUCAAAAGAUGCACGAAUCCGUCGAGCGGUCUCUGAUGAAGCUGAGGGAGGCCAUCGAUUCUGGUAUGCAUUUGACGAACCAGCCUUCCAUUGCUAAGAAGAUUGAGAGCUAUGAGGCAAAGAAAACACACUACGGUCCCGCCAUCGAACGUGUCCUGGCCAUCAUUGACAAGGGCGUCAAGGAUCGCUUGACAGUCAAUGGCGAGAUCUUGCGUCUCCACAAUGAAAUGCAAACGCGAUGGUCGACGCUGAAGCUCGACGUUGCAGAGAUGGAUUCUGUCCUUGAGGACAUAUACGCGGAAAGAAAGAGCCAGCAGUUGCGAGAUUCCAUCUCCAGCAUGCUCUCCAACGACAGGUCGACCAACGGCAGCGGCAUGGAAACUCCGGGAAGCUCUCCGCCUUCGUCGGUGAUUAUGAACUCACUCGGUCUCGAUCCGCAGACGCCUGCGCGGAAAUAUACCGGUAACCAACUUCGAUCGCCCAAUGCGAGCGGCUCCAGCCUCCGAUCGACCUCAACCAGCCGGAGGGACUCGUCGCUACCGGCCCCUGUCUCAAAAAGCGCCAAGAAGCCUGGGUCCAGCCUUCGGCCUUCGACUACUAUGGCGCACCGACCCCGGUGGAACGCUUCUUCCAACAACCUAGAUGGCGAAGCUCGCAGCCCAUACAGAACGCCUGCACCUCAAAGGUCGACGUCGGCCAUCACGCCUAUAUCGACAUCCAAGCUUCCCACCCCUCGAAGUUCUCUCACACGCGCUGGCUCAGAUUCACCCAUGUCAGAAUCAUUCCCCAGAUCGUAUUCUAGGGCGGGCUCUCGGCUGUCGUUCCGUGAACGCCUCACCUCUCCUGGACCUUAUUCUCAAAGCAGCCUAGCAAAACAACAGCCUCCUCGUCGCUCUAACGCGGGGCCAUCUUCUUCGACCCUGAACCUGGAUAGCCUAAACAAUCGUCCCAGCAGCUCUUUGGCUUCAACCCGCCGGAGCAGUUUGCUGCCAAUGCCGAGGGGCAGGCCAGACUCAGUCCGUGGAUCGAGUCCUCUUCCCAUCUUCAGCCGGUUCAGCUCUCGCAAAUACAGCGACAACUCACCCGAGCCCAAGGAUCUCAAGCCCAGGUGGCGAUUUUAA